UAUAGAAAUACAUAGAAAUCUAGGGCCAUAGCUGUUUCAACUCGGCUAAUUUUCAACAAAAUCAACGGGAACUGCGUCUCAGAGUCUUUGUCGACCUUUGAAACAAGCUUGAUCGGCAGAGAGAAUUAUGUAUCAUCCUACUAGAGGCGGUGUUCGUGGCGGCCGAGAUCAAUUCAGUUGGGACGAUGUGAAAGUUGACAAACAUCGCGAGAAUUAUCUUGGUCACAGCAUCAAGGCUCCUGUUGGAAGAUGGCAGAAAGGGAAAGAUUUACACUGGUACACCAGGGACAAAAAAUCUGGUUCAGAGGCAGAUGCCUUAAAAGAAGAGAUAAAAAGAAUUAAGGAAGAAGAGGAGCAGGCCAUGAGAGAAGCUCUUGGCUUAGCUCCUAAGCGAUCUACUCGACCUCAAGGUAAUCGACUUGAUAAGCAUGAAUUUCAGGAACUUGUGAAACGAGGUUCGACUGCAGAGGAUAUGGGUGCUGGGCAUUCCGAAGCAGCUUGGGUUCAUGGAAUUGGUUUCUCAAGCAAGGCACCUCGCCCAUGGGAAGAUCCUAGUACACUUCGAUCCAGUGUGGAGCAGGCCUCUCCUGAGUUGGUGAAACCUGCUGAUCCCAGUUCACCUGUUCAGGACACCAAAAAAGAAGAAUCAAAGGAUGAAAAGGAGGACGAAAGGAGUAAGAAGAAAAGGAGGCGUGAGGAGAAGAAACACGAGAAGCAUGAAAGACGUGAGAAACGCCAUUCUCACGGUUCGGAGGACAGGAGGAAACAUAGGAAAGACAAGGAGAAGAGGAGACAUGAUUCUGACUGAUCAAGUCUCCGGAGUGUUGUAGGGUACUGGUUAGUUUUAGAUUUUUCAUCUUCAAAAAAUAAUAAAUAAUAUAAAUUCAUUUUAUCACUUCUUAAAUUGUUGUGAUGACAUUGAAGCAUGGAGAUUUCAAAUAUUGCUAUGGACUCCGACUGUAAAGUUAAGUAGACUUGAAGUCAAUUUGCUAAGUUUGUAGAAUCACAUUUUACAGCAAUUCUGAGGUCCCCUUUGCCUUCUGGUA